AUGGAUGCAGCUAGCGAUCGCAGGUUAUUAAGUCCUGAAAUCCCCACCUUGAACUGUGCUUGUGGGCUCCCUGCGUCCUUGCACACUUCAUUUACCGCAAGGAAUCCCCGGCGACGAUGGCUUGAGUGUGGUAAUCAGGGAAGAUGCUUUUUAUGGAUUUGGGAAGAUCUAUUGAAUGGAUACACUGAAGAGGUGGUUGCAUACUGCCAUGCUGGGAAGUACGAUAAUCUUCAAGAAACAAUUGAUGUGCUCGAGAAUAUGUUAACCAAGAAGACAAAAGAAAAUUCGAGGUUGUCAGAUAUUAUUGAAGAAAAGGAAAAUGAACUGAAGCAGGCUAGGGUGGAAUCUGCUGAACUGAACAAGGUUUAA